GUGUGAAGACUUGUUGGAAAAUGGGCGAUCUCAUAUUAUUGACACCGUUAUAAGGGACCGUUAUAAAUUAUGUGCCUCCAGUGGAUGAGAAGCAACUGAGGAUAAUGUCUGAGGUGGCUGCUCCCACAGAAUGUGUCUCUGUAACAGUCCUAGGGUCAGAGACUACUCACCCUACAAAGGAUACAGGGCUUGUGAUUGGUGGACUGCGUCUACGAUCUGCACCAGGGGCUUGUUUGUUGUUUGCUGGUGUUUUGCUAAUUGUAGGAAUCAGCAUUGCAGUGGGAGGCUAUUGGAACAGUCAGCCGCGCCGACAAAAACAUCAUGCAUCAACUGGACGCACUGCUUCAGAGAAACUGAAACUGAUUGGUCCUGUCAUCAUGGGGGUGGGGCUAUUCAUCUUUAUUUGUGCCAAUACAAUUCUCUAUGAGAAUCGUGACCGAGAACUACAUCAAGAACGGGUCAAGGAGAAAGAAGGAGCUCAAGAUCAAGACAAACAAGAGAUCCUGCCACUGGUACAAACUCUGAGACAUGGGAUUUAUAACUCAGAACGGUUCUCACAAAUAGAAACAAAUAUGAACACACAUACAUUAAACUUGUCUGAACUCCACAUUCAUUGCUUGGAAGAAGGGGUCGACAUUCCCACCCUACAGUGUUCUUCCCCAUCCUCUGACUCCUGUCACUCCAGUCAGGUGAACUUGGAAGCAGGAUCUCUCCUCCAAGAUCACAGGAACAUGGAAACACUGCCCUUGCCUGUCAUUAAACUUAAUGACUGCCUGAUUUAUUCCUUAGACCCAGAGCCUCCACCCCUCCCUGAACGCACAUACAAGAUGGGAGUGGAAGAGGUAACAAGGGCGGAGCUAACACAAGUGAAUACCACAGACUCAUCUCUUAUGACCAUGAGCAAUGGAGAGCAAAAGGAUAGGUAACUUUUGCUGUCCUUACUAAAUGUCCACAGGAUAAAGUGUUAAUGGGGAUCACAGAGGUUGCAAUCUAAUCAUAGAUGGAUUGACACUGACACUUCUCCAUAAGAUGACAGACACUGGAUUUUGGACCUGAUGAGGCUGAUAACAGCUUAGAUGAUGCUUUUCCUCUUUGGCCCGGAGAACACGACAGCUGCUUUUUCCAAAAAACUAUUUGAAAUGUGGACUCCACAAAACACGGUUUCACAGUCCUACUUUCCAUCUCAGAUGUGACAGAGCCCAAAGAAGUUGGCAGCACUUCUGGACAGUGUUGAUGUAUGGCUUCUGCUUUAACAGUAAAGUCUUUACUACCAUCUGUGGAUGCAGUGGCGAAUGGGGUUGACUGACAAAGGUUUGCCAAAGUAUUCCAGAGCCCAUGUCAUGAUAUCCAAUACAGACGCCUGGCAUUUUUUAAGACAGUGAUGUUUGAGGGAUUGAGAUAACAUGCAUUCAGAAGUGGUUUUCCACCUUUCCCUUUAUACACAGAAAUUUGACUGGAUUCUUUGAAUCUUUUAAAUAUAUUGUGUACUGUAAAAGGUGAAAUUCCCCAAAUCCUUCCAAUUUGUCUUUGGGGAAAUUGGCGAGCCUUGAUCCAUCCUUGCUCUUGAAGGACUAGGCUUUUUACGGAGAAUCCUUAUAUAAUAUAACACGAUUGCCUCACCUGUUUCACAUCACCUUAUUAUUUCAACUCAUCAGAUUGUUAUUAUUCCUAAAAUGGCCAUCUCAAAUUUUUUUGGAAUGUGUUGCAUGAGUCAAUUUCAGAAAAAAAUGAAAAUCUUCAAAAAGCAACCCUAUUGAUUAGGUAAAAUGGGAAGUACCUUGCUAUAUGCUGUUUUUGUUUGAAUGCAAGACAAAGUAUAUUUACAAAUAA